CCCGGGGCAUAUGUGACUCGAUCUGAUCGUCUUCUCGGUUCUAGCUGGCGGCGCUUCGCGGCGGGGAGAAGCAGGGCGGUGAUAGCUGAAGCACGACACAUAUCGGUUCCGGCUGGCUGUUGCCAAUUGCAAGCAUCACAUUUGCUCGUCGACGACGGGGACAACAUCGCUCGUCCCCAACCUGUCCCCAACUGGCCACCGUCCCGUCACCAACUGUGCUCAGAGUUUGUAGUCUAUCCAUCACCUGACGAAGGUGCAGAGUUUAGACUUGCCAGUGCCCCCGGCUUGGCUCCAACUCCCAAAGCAUCGAUCCAGCCGACCCCUGCAAGUGCAAUGGAUCGAAGCUGGAUACAGGGAAUGAGUUUCACACCACCAUACAUGAAAGGUGUUGAAGAGUUUAUGGGUUUCGGUCACCAAAAUUUCAGGGAAAACCAGGACAUAUUGUGCCCAUGCAAGGACUGUCUGAAUGUGGAACACCGUGGCCAGGCUGAAGUAGAGGAGCACUUACUAUGCAAUGGUAUGUCUGUUACAUAUACAAGGUGGGUCUUUCAUGGUGAAGCGGUGAGUGAUGAUGAAGGUGAUAAUACAGAGGGUGCUGCAUAUCAAUCAGAUGAUGAUGAUGAGCGUGAUGUAGCCAACGGAGGUGAUGUUGCGUAUAUGGUAGAUGAUAUGUUCAUGUCUGGAAGGCAAGGCGAGGGUAAGCCUAAACUCUUUUCCAAGCUAAUGGAUGAAGCGAAGAAAGAUCUCUAUGAAGGAUGUAGUGAUUUCACACGGAUGUCAUUCAUUAUUAAGCUCCUCUAUAUCAAAUCAUACAACUGGAUUACAAAUAGAGCAUUUAAUCAGUUUGUUGAGCUGAUUAGUGUGGCGUUUCCACAUGCUGAUAUACCUAAAUCAUACACUGAAGCUAAGAAUGUUCUUAGUGAAGUCGGGCUGGGUUACGAGACAAUUCAUGUUUGCAAGUUUGAUUGUGCAUUGUUUUGGGGCCAACAUGCCAACAAGAGUCAUUGUCCUGAAUGCGGGACAUCAAGAUGGAAAGACGAGGUGGGGAGGAAAAAGAUACCUCACAAGGUACUUAGGUACUUUCCUAUCAUCCCAAGGCUUCAAAGAUUUUUUUGUGUCAAAGGAACAAUCAGCAGAUGCAAGGUGGCAUAAGGAGAAGAGGGUUGCUGAGGCAAAUGUUAUGAGACACCCUGCUGAUGGUGAAGCAUGGAAGCACUUUGAUAGUGAGUUCAGUUGGUUUGCUAAGGAUGCCCGUAAUAUGAAGCUUGGUAUUGCCACGGAUGGAUUCAACCCCUUUGGAAACAUGACGAGUUCAUAUAAUAUGUGGCCUGUUUUUAUCAUCCCCUACAACUUCCCACCAUGGAUGUGCAUGGACCAAUCUAAUUUCAUGAUGUCUUUGCUUAUUCCUGGGAGAAAAGCACCUGGAAAGGAGUUCCAUGUAUUUAUGCAACCGCUGAUUGCAGAUAUGAUGAAGCUUCGGGGAACUGGUGUGGUAACAUAUGAUGCAUUGACGGGGGAACCAUUUAAUUUGCAUGCGGCAUUCUUGUGGUUGAUUCAUGAUUACCCUGGACUGGCCACUUUAUCGGGCCGUAGCACAAGAGGUUAUCAUGCAUGUGUGCACUACGAUGUUCCUGAACUGGAGACAGGCGAGCUCAAUGCUACAGAUGCAUACCAGGAAGAAAUGCCCUCGACAACUUCCACAGUGAAGGAUAUUGAUCAAUUGUUGGACACUUAUAGCCGUGAUGAUGAAGAAGGCACGCCUGUUCAUGCUAGUAUUGUUUAUGAUCUUCUUAAAAAUGACAACAACUAUGAUGAAGAGAGUGGUACUGACGAUGAUGGACAGGAAGAUGGUGCAUUGAGUGAGAAUGAGCAUUCAAGUGAUGAUGAGUAGAUUGUGUAAUGCCUAUUUGUAUUUUACCAAAGUUCAGCUUUUUUAUGUUUUUUAUAUGUUCAUGUUCACAUAAUACAGUAGAGACCAUGGUUCAGAUUUGACA